CAUGGUCUCCACGACUUCACCCCGCUAAUGCUGCCCUAAAUCUCAUAGCCCUUUCGUCUUUAGACACGACAGAGCAGAGCAGAAAAUGCUCUGAGAGGCACCACAUUUCACACUCUGGUCUCUAGUCUUUGCCCCUGUCACCUACUUCAACUCUCCCAUUACUCCCCCACGGUCACCUACUUCAACUCUCCUCUGCUCCGCUCUCUCCCUUCCCCCCCGGCACCGCUGCCAAUACAAAUCUUCAAGCCCACGCAAAGCAACCGUUCAAAGUAGAGGGGAAAAGCUCUUCACUCUUCCCCUCAGUCCUACCUUCUUCUUCUUCUUCUUCUUCCAAGUUCUUACGGCUGAAGACCCCAGUCAGCUCUGGCAAAUCAGAACGCACAAACACCAAAAUGGGUCUUCUUCUUUCUCUGCUUCCGCUUAUCUUCCUCUGCGCUUCUCUCACCAGUGGGAAGAACUUGCCGAAGAUCGGCGUGAACUACGGCCAGCUGGCCAACAACCUCCCUUCUCCGGUGGAAUCUGUACGGCUGAUCCAAGGCCUCAAAGCCGGCCGCGUCAAAAUCUACGAUGCCAACCCCAAAAUUCUACACGCCCUCAAGGGCACUGACCUCCAAGUCUCCAUCAUGGUCCCAAAUCAGCUCAUCUCCAACAUCUCUACCAACCAAACCCUCGCCGACCUCUGGGUCCAAACCAAUGUCCUCCCCUUCUACCCCCAAACCCUCAUCCGAUAUCUCCUCGUAGGUAACGAAAUUCUCAGCUCACCCGAUAAGAAAACCUGGUUCGAUCUCGUCCCGGCCAUGCGAAAAAUCCGGAGAUCCCUCAAGACCCACAACCUCCCCAAGGUCAAAGUCGGGACCCCCAUGGCCAUGGACGUCCUACAGUCCUCGUUUCCUCCCUCCAACGGUACGUUUCGGCCCGAUAUUUCCGUUCCGGUCAUGAAACCAUUGCUGCGGUUCUUGAACCGGACCAAAUCGCUCUUCUUCUUGGAUGUGUACACGUAUUUUCCCUGGUCUACGGAUCCGAAAAGCAUUUCCUUGGAGUACGCGCUUUUGGACGAAACGAAUAUAACGUAUCGGGACCCCGUUUCGGAUCUAAUUUACACCAACUUGUUGGACCAAAUGCUUGACGCGGUGGUCUUUGCAAUGAGCAAACUCCGGUACCCGGACAUUCGGAUCUUCAUCGCCGAAACGGGUUGGCCCAAUGCCGGCGACAUCGAUCAGAUUGGAGCCAACAUUUACAACGCUGCGACUUACAACCGAAACUUGGUGAAGAAAUUAACGGCUAAACCUCCACUCGGGACUCCGGUUCGGCCCAAAGUAGUUUACCCGGCUUUUAUUUUCUCUCUGUACAAUGAGAACGAAAAGCCGGGUCCGGCUACGGAGCGACACUGGGGGGUGAAAUACCCGAACGAGUCGGCUGUGUAUGAGCUUGAUUUGUCGGGUAAGGUGAAAGAAUAUGAUGACCAGUUGCCGCCGCCGACCAACAACGAACCUUAUAAUGGGAAGAUAUGGUGCGUGGCAGCGGAGGGAGCGAAUGCGACGGGAUUGGGGUCGGCGCUGACGUGGACGUGCGGACAGCCCAACAUUAGUUGUGAUCCGAUUCAGCCGGGUAAACCGUGUUACAAACCCGGCCCGAUGGUUCGGGCGAGUUUUGCUUUUAGUUCGUAUUGGGCAAAAUAUCGGAGCUCCGGAGCAACUUGCUACUUCGAGGGUCUGGCUAUUCAAACCACAAAGGAUCCAAGUUUUGGAUCCUGCAAAUUCCCAAGCGUGACUCCAUGAAGAAGAUGAUGACCAAAUCCACGGCACCCAUUUUAUUCUUUUUCACUUUCUGGUGUUUUCAUUUUAACCCAAUUUCUGCCGCCCUCUUAUCUAAUUACUCUCCUUUGAUUUGAUAUUCGUCUAUCUCCUUCCCCCCCCCCCCCCCCCCCUCCUCUCUCUCUCUCUCUCUCUCUCUCUCUCUCUCUCUCUCUCUCUCUCUCUCAUUUGUUGCAUUGUUCCUGUGCACAUUCUGACAACAUAAUAAAAGCUAUAUUUAUUUCUAGUA